AUGAAUUUCACCGAUUUUGAGCAAUUUUUCUAUCGUGAACCUUUCGUGGAAUCUGUUACCACCGGUGGCAAUUUUCAAUUUAUCUCCGAUGAAGAAAUCCGAGGUGCUGAAACGUUCAUUCAUAGAAAUGGUGUUAACGGCUUAGAUACAUAUCUGUCACAGAGAUUGGACGUAUGGAAACAACAUCCAUUGGACAUUGCAGUUGUCGGAUCGAGUGGAGUCGGAAAAUCGACAUUUAUCAAUUGCCUUCGUGGAUUAGAAGCCGAAGAUACAGGUGCAGCAAGCGUUGGCGUAGUCGAGACAACAAACGAACCAACUGCAUAUGAAUAUCCGGAUUUUUCAAACUUAAAAAUAUGGGAUUUACCAGGUGUGGGUACGCCGAAUUACCCUCGUUCGUCCUAUUUGGAAAAGAUUCAAUUUGAAAAAUAUGAUUUCUUCUUAAUUCUUUGCCGGACACGUUUUACUGAAAAUGAUCUGUGGUUGGCAUCGGAAGUGAAGAGUAAAAACAAACGAUUUGUAUUCAUUCGUACAAACGUAGAUUCAGAUUUAUUCAAUGAAUACGAAGAUCAUCCAACUACAUUCAACGAAGACGAAGUCUUACAACACAUUCGCAACAAUUGCUUGGAAUACAUUCGUCCAGUUGAUCCCACUGCAGAAGUCUUCCUCAUAUCCGGCCAUUUGAAAAACCGUCUACGUUUCGAUUUCGGAAAACUAACUGAAACAUUAAUGCGUGAUUAUCCAUCGUUGAAACGUGAAUCAAUGAUUUUAUCCAUGUCCGUCAUGUGUAAAGAAGUUCUCAUAGCGAAAGUUGCUGCACUACAUCGACGAAUUUGGAUCAUCGCAUCAGCAUCCGCCGCUGUUGCAGUUGUACCCGUCCCGUUUUUGUCACUUGGUUUCGAUGCCACGUUGGUGAUGAGCGAAGUGGAAUUCUAUAAGAAACAGUUAGGAUUGGAUCAAGAAGCAUUGACAAAAUUAUCGCAAGUUUACCAAAUUCCAAUGCAGAAAAUUGAAAAGGAACUGAACGAGAUCUUUCCAUUACAGCAUUUGAAUUCGCUACGAAGAUUUGUUUUUGAUUUUGCAAAGAAACAAGCAGUUCGAGCAGCACCGGGCGAAUUUGCUCGAUAUGUUCCAUACGUUGGCACAGCAAUUGUAUCCACGCUCUCGUUUGGUGUUUGUUAUGCUGUUUUGUACAAAAUUCUCAUUCGCAUGGAACAGGCGUCAUUGAAAAUUAUCGAUAUCGUUAUCGACGCAUCGAAUCAAAUGAUUCAACAGGAACAACAACGACAAGCUUUGAUUUAA